GCGAGGCAGCACACACAAACCCCUGUGUACAAGAUUAUAAUGCUAAAAAGUUUGAGGACCAAAAACUUUUUCUAAAACCAGUCGAGUUUUUGCCUUGCGCUGAUUAACACACGCUUUGUGCCCCUCUGCGUACGUACCGAUAGAGAACCGAUAGGCGGCGAGGACGAAACUUCGGCAACCUGGGCAUCAACGAGAGUGGUUACGGGCAGAGAAGAUUUUCGCGCGACGCAACCUCGUUUUGACAGACUGUGUGCCGGUGUGUCAGUUCCGGAAGAUUAGUUUUUACCGAUAUUUUAAAUGAGCAGUUUUUUAGUUGUUUGUGAUUGACGAAAAAAAAAACGACCCGCGCGCUUGUGUUGUGAUUGUUUUUUUGAUGUAAUCGAAAUCGGAGUAAAAAGUCAAGUGAAUUGUCAUAGAUUGAUGCGCGUGUUCUAGAGACGAUUAGUGGCUCGGAAAGUGAUGAUUUAGAUUUUUUUUCUGCAUGCGCUUUCUUGGUCCCGGUAUAGAACACAAAACCCGGAAAGUGUGCGUGCUUUUUCUUUCGAUUACUAGUUUGUUCCUUCGUGUAUUUGGUCGGACUACACCCGCACACUUGAGUUUUUUUUUUUUGACUCAUCGGUCUCUGCUAUGCGAAUUAUUUUUUCGCUAUAUACCACAUAAAAACGGUUUUCCCUCGUCCGUAUACGGCACGCUCCCACCCCCGCGCCGAAUGCUUUUUGGGACCGACCGACGUUCGGUGUCGUAAAAUUCGUCGUACGUGAGAGCUUGCGGCGGCAAUUUUUUCGCAAAAUUGUAUUUUUUGUUCGACAAGAAGAGAGGAGAACUCCGAAAAAAAAACUGAGAAGUUAGACAUCUGAAGGAAAGCCGUAAGCGGAAAAUUUGCUCGCAGUGGAUGCGUGUGUAAAGGAAAAUAUCGAAGAAAAAAGCGAGUGUUGAAAAAAAAACGGCUGUGACGGUUUAUCGACCGAAAACAAAAAUAAACAAAGUUUGUAACUUCGAAGUGAUAAGACGGGAAGUAAACAGUUGAACUGACGCUGGAGCCGUGUGAUGGUUUGUGUUGAUAGGCGUUGAUGUGGCUCCUGUUUCUAUCUGUGAAGUACCAAGUGUGCCUUUUUUGCCAGUGGGAUUGAGUUUAGGGGGUGUGAAGUGAUCUUUCUUUGCUCCCAGUAUCCCUGUUAACGGCCGCAAAAUUCUCUCCUUACAACAUCAUCACCACCAUCACCAUCCCCCAACCAGCAACCUGGAGGGUAGAACGAUCGAGUACCGGCCCGGCGGCGGGUUGGAUUACCACAACUCGCCGCUGAUGGCCGAAAUCCCCACCGGGGACUACAGUCACAUCCACCGCUCCAUCGAUCAACUUCGGUCGAUGAACGAGCGGGGAGUACUUGGUCAGCUGAACGCACUGGGUGCGGCCAACACGACCGACCUGCGUUCGGCGAUUGUCCACGAGUACAAACCGUACAUAAGCGAUCUGCGACAUCAGCAGAACGACCGGCUAGAUUAUGCUUCGGUAGUGCACAAACAGGUCCUGCUGGAUGAGCAGCGGGCUGCGGCCAACAACAACAACAACUCCGAUAGUGAAAUGCGCCACCCGGAGGAGCAGAAACCGCACCACUAUAGUGCACCGUCCACCCCGCCCACGCCGCUGUCCAUCACGGAGGCGCAGAUGCACGAGUCCAAGCGUUACGGAAUGAAGACGAGCCGCAAUCGGAAGAUCUUUGCCAACAAGGGCGACCUGCAGCUUCACGGUGGCCAGCUGCAUAUGCGCGAAACCAAACCGUACAAGUGCUCCCAAUGUACAAAGGCGUUUGCCAACUCGAGCUACCUGUCGCAGCACACCCGGAUACACCUCGGUAUAAAACCAUAUCGAUGCGAGAUUUGCCAGCGGAAGUUCACGCAGCUGUCGCACCUGCAGCAGCACAUACGAACCCACACCGGGGACAAACCGUACAAGUGUCGCCAUCCAGGCUGCCCGAAAGCUUUCUCACAGCUUUCCAACCUCCAAUCCCACUCGCGGUGCCAUCAGACCGACAAACCGUACAAAUGUAACUCCUGCUACAAGUGUUUUACCGAUGAAGCGUCUCUGUUGGAGCACAUACCAAAGCACAAGGACUCGAAGCACCUGAAAACGCAUAUCUGUCAGCUGUGUGGAAAGUCCUACACUCAGGAGACCUACCUCGCCAAGCAUAUGCAGAAGCAUGCCGAGAAAGAGGAAAAGCGCCGCAACCGGGGAAACAAUAGCAAUAAUAAUAACAACAACUCCGCAGCAGUGGCAGUCGCGGCAGCAGCAGCCGCUGGAAUUUCUGAUGCUGCUGCCGGUUUGGCAGGUCUGGCUGGACUGGGCCUAAAUCGGAUGGGUGGCAACGCGGCCGCUGCAACUCUGGUAGCGUCCGGUGGCGGUGAACAUCCCUACUGGCCGAAAGUUAGUCCCGACUCGGCAGCUUCCCUGGCGGAAGCGAUGCAACAACAGCAGCAGUACGACUUUGCCCUCCUACAGCAGCAACAGCAGCAGCAGCAGCAACAACAACACGGUGGUAGUGGAGGAGGCGGUGGCGGUGGUAGUAACAGCUCUGCGAAUGAUCACCACCGUAAUUUGAAUGGCGGCAGCUCGGCCAACUCUGACGAUGUCGGCGAAGAUUUAGUCGUUAUUCGGCAAAACCCUCAACAGCAGCAACAUCAACAGCAGCAGCAACAACAGCAACAACACGUAAAUAACCAGACCCCAACCUCAUCGGCUGCGAAUGUCGUAGUAACGACGUACGACGCCUCGAGUGCGACUAAAACGAGCACCAAUUCGGCGUUCACACCGAUCAACGCAAUGCCGCCACACCUAAACACACUGGCAGCCGCCCAUCAUCAUCAGCAACUGGCGGCGGCACAGCGGCCUUCCUACCUUUACGAUGCCAUCAGCUUCCAAAAUCAGAAAUCCAUUCAGCAGGCCGGAGGUAACGCAGCGGGCAACAGUUUCCCCAACCAGCUCAUCUCGCUGCACCAGAUACGGAACUAUGCACACCAGCCCACCAGCGGGUUGAUAACGGGCGAGCAUCUACUGAUGAGUGGGGUGGGCAAAACUGAAAAACAGUAGGCAGAAGCGUCUGGCUGGCCAGGGUAACGGCGGGUUGGGAGAAUGGAAAGCACGGGUAGGGUAGAUAUUUGUAAGUGUAAGCAGCGACUAUGUGCAGACUUGUUUGAUCUUUCCGGGGUUCGUGAACCAAUAGAUUGUGAUCACCACGAACGAAAGUUCUUGUAUAUAUGAAUAGAACGCAGGAUAUCAGACGGAGUAUAUUGGCCCUCACUAGCUAUUGGUUCACACUAUAUUUUUCUUUCCUACAUUUCAUGUUUCAAAUUGAAAUUGGACUUUGUUCCGCUUGCAAAGUUGUGAUUGCAUGACUUCGAGAAUGGUCCAAGAAUUAUUCCUUCAGCUAAAGCCAUUGUUGAUCAUUUUAACAAGAAAUAUUUUUUAAGCUAGAUGAGUAAAUCCUCCUAUAUGUGUUAUCUCUUAAACCACUUUGAAUCAACAAAUGUGAUAUCGCUUACCAUGGCUUAAGGUUUCUAUUGGUUAUGAGAAUUUGAAUGAUAUUAAUUGAAUGAUGCUUUCUUCUAGAACAAUUCGAAGAAAUGUGGAAGCUCUAAAAUAUGGAAAUCAUUAAAUCAAUUUUGUACCAACUCUUUUUAUGAUGUCUGUAAUAAUCAAUUGGCGGAAAUCGAGUUCCGCUGCAAAAUUAAAUCCAAAUAUUUCCCCGCAAGGAUCAAACGACUCGCAGAUAUCAAAGUCCAAAACCGGUCAUUCGAUGCCGAAAAUGCAUAGAAUAACAUAGAAGCAUCCUGCAAAAACAAGAUCAGAGAUCAAUUAUACUUUGCAAACGAUAGUCAAAUAUUGUCAACAAACCUUCAAAAACUAUGCAUAAAUUUGAGAUAAGCAGAAUGUGCGGAAACAACAUAAUCGUUUAUUAUCAACCUUCGUUUUAUCGUCAAAUCAAGAUCUCGGUGAUUUUAGUGUGUAAGGUUCUAUAAUGUACGACGCACACUUCUUGGCAGAGUUGUGUGAACGGUAAAAAAUCAAUCAGGCACGGAAACAAAUCCCUUUGGCUUUUGACAGUCAAUAUCCAACUCACUGUGUCCAGCUCAAGUCCGAAUAACCAUCAUUCAAAAAAAGUGCUAAAAGUUCACUUAUAUUUUCCUGAGAAACCCUAUAGCUCUAGGCAAUAAGCAGAAAGUAAAAGCAAAGUGAGCGGUCCCUUCUCGCACUCGCAGUCCUGCCAAUUUUUCCCGAUUCGAUCCGCUGACCUAAUUACUUUAUCUGUAAAUUUUGUGAUGUUUCCAAUUUUUUAUUUUAUUCUCGCAUUUAUUUCGCUAAUUUUAUCAAUGCACUCCAGCCUUGAGUCGCAACAGCAGAGAAUCAAGUUUGUACAGAAACAAUAUUGAUUGCAAACGAUACCUACAUCCUUAUUUAAGACAAAUUUCCCGUACUGUUAGCGCAGGAGAAAAAGAGAUAAAUUUAAGUUGUUCGCUCUAAAAAAUAAUUCAUCAUAUUCGAAAGCACCGAAACUCGUUUGGUGCUCCGUGCGAAGAGACACAGAAAAACAAAAACGCUCACUGUAAAGUGUAUACUUAAAAAAACCAUUUCUUACGUUCUUUUUCACACAAAAUUUGUUCAAACACAGCUGUAAUAUAAUAAUAUAAUUAAGCUAAAGUUUAGUAACUUAGACAUCGGCUAAAAUCAUCUGUAGAGAAUGUUGAAGAAAAAAAUGCUAUAUUAUAUGACCCGAAACGAAAUGAAUAUCGCUUUUGGAGGCGAGUAUGUAGACGAUGCAAUCAAACCUCAAAGCAGCAGCGGGUGUUAUGUGAGUGCAAGUGGAUCGUAUGAAUAGCACUAGAAGGGAGUGUAAUGUAUGAUCUUUCGCUAUCUGUACAGAUAAUUAAAGGCCCUAUGUGGCGACUAAGAAGAGUUCGAUAUAAGUAAGAGUAAAUAUUUGAAGUAAUAUUAAUUUCGCUGUAAUAUUAACGGAAGCCUCAGCCGAAGACAUUGGUGAUCAUCACACACAAUCUUCCAAUCCAUUUCCGAUUAACGCCCGGAAGGGGGAUCGGAUGUGGAUUGGACAGGAGCGAUAGUGAACCGAGUCGGCACUGAUAAUGGCACGAUGGUGGUCUUUAGCAAUUAGACACAAGAAAGGAUAAAUGGAAAAUACAAUGUGUAAAACAGUCGGUCGAUUUGGGCUGGCAGGUGAAAGCUUAUUGCAUUGUAGAUUGUAUAAACAAAUUUUAAAUUAAAUUUAAAACAGAAUAAAAAGUGGUUAUCUAAAAAUUGUA